ACGGCGACGCCAUCCUGAUGUUUUCAAGUGGAGGUGACGUAUUUCCGGUUCGAGAGUGGCGCUCCACUCGCCCUAGGUCUGCAGCCAGACCCUUCUCCUCAGUUUUGAUUUGGACUUCCUCUAUACCGCUCUGUCCUCUAAUGGCGACUCGGGCUGUUUAAAAUACAGAAGAAAGGUGCAAAAAGCUGCACUUCGAAUGAAAAUGCUUCUCCUAAGAUAUUCGACGGCCUUCAUCUGCGCUGUGUUCAUCAUCACAGGAGCUGUUUCGGGUGAAGAUAAAGCAGUGGGUCAGACUGUUUCUUUUCGUCCAGACAAAAUAGUUACUCCUGUCAGCAGCAUCAUAUGGAAACACAGAAGCAGCACUGGAUCUGUUGUAAAAGCAAUUGAAUGGGAUGUUGAUGAUGGUGAUAACAUCCCGAAUCCGAGAUUCAAAGGCAUCACAACUCUUGAUCAGAAAACUGGAGAAAUCACUAUAACUAAAUUAACUGUUGAACACAGUGGAGUAUAUACCAUUGAUAUCAACAGUAAAGAGCAUGAACAGAGAUUCACCUUGAAUGUUAUGGAGCGGGUCCCCAAACCUGAAAUAACUAUAGAGGAGAGCAGUAACCCUGAUGUUGUGUAUUUAAGAUGUGCAUACAGUGAAAAGAUCAUCUGGAAGAAAUCUUCUGGAGAAACACUGAACGGCAUGAAGAACCAGGAUCCAGGAGAGUUCAUUACAGUCAAAAACACAAGAAAUCCAGAAAACUUCUACACCUGCACACUCAAGAACGCUGUGAGUGAAGAGAUUAGUGAUCCAGUCACUGAGAGAGAAUUAUUUGGGACAGGUGAAGAUAAAGCAGUGGGUCAGACUGUUUCUUUUCGUCCAGACAAAAUAGUUCCUCCUGUCAGCAGCAUCAUAUGGAAACACAGAAGCAGCACUGGAUCUGUUAUAAAAGUGAUUGAAUGGGAUGCUGAAGAUGGUGAUAACAUCCCGAAUCCGAGAUUCAAAGGCAUCACAACUCUUGAUGAGAAAACUGGAGAAAUCACUAUAACUAAAUUAACUGUUGAACACAGUGGAGUAUAUACCAUUGAUAUCAACGGUAAAGAGCAUGAACAGAGAUUCACCUUGACUGUUAUGGAGCGGGUCUCCAAACCUAAGAUGACUAUAGAGGUGAGCAGUAACCCUGAUGUUGUGUAUUUAAGAUGUGCAUACAGUGAAAAGAUCAUCUGGAAGAAUUCUUCUGGAGAAACACUGGAGGGCAAGAAGAACCAUGAGUUAGGAGAGUUCAUUACAGUCGAAAACACAGGAAAUCCAGAAAACUUCUACACCUGCACACUCAAGAAUGCUGUGAGUGAAGAGAUUAGUGAUCCAGUCUCUGAGAGAGAAAUAUUUAGGACAGGUGAAGAUAAAGGAGUGGGUCAGACUGUUUCUUUUCGUCCAGACAAAAUAGUUCCUCCUGUCAGCAGCAUCAUAUGGAAACACAGAAGCAGCACUGGAUCUGUUGUAAAAGUGAUUGAAUGGGAUGCUGAUGAUGGUGAUAACAUCCCGAAUCCGAGAUUCAAAGGCAUCACAACUCUUGAUAAGAAAACUGGAGAAAUCACUAUAACUAAAUUAACUGUUGAACACAGUGGAGUAUAUACCAUUGAUAUCAACAGUAAAGAGCAUGAACAGAGAUUCACCUUGACUGUUAUGGGUGAAGAUAAAGCAGUGGGUCAGACUGUUUCUUUUCGUCCAGACAAAAUAGUUACUCCUGUCAGCAGCAUCAUAUGGAAACACAGAAGCAGCACUGGAUCUGUUGUAAAAGCGAUUGAAUGGGAUGUUGAUGAUGGUGAUAACAUCCCGAAUCCGAGAUUCAAAGGCAUCACAACUCUUGAUCGGAAAACUGGACAAAUCACUAUAACUAAUUUAAUUAUUGAACACAGUGGAGUAUAUACCAUUGACAUCAACAGUAAAGAGCAGGAACAGAGAUUCACCUUGACUGUUAUGGAGCGGGUCCCCAAACCUAAGAUGACUAUAGAGGUGAGCAGUAACCCUGAUGUUGCGUAUUUAAGAUGUGCGUACAAUGAAAUGAUCAUCUGGAAGAAUUCUUCUGGAGAAACACUGAACGGCACGAAGAACCAUGACCCAGGAGAGUACAUAAUGGUCAAAAACACAAGAAAUCCAGAAAACUUCUACACCUGCACACUCAAGAACGCUGUGAGUGAAGAGAUUAGUGAUCCAGUCACUGAGAGAGAAAUAUUUGGGACAGGAUCAAAUGCAGGAAUGAUUGUGGCGAUUGUAAUUGUUGUCUUCAUUGUCAUCGCUGUCAUCGCUAUCGUGCUAUCCUAUCUAAUCAUGAAGACUGUUCACGAGAGUGUUAAUAAUAUCUGUCCAUGUAUACCAAAUAUUUUCGGCCCUCUGGAUUGUUUGCUAAAGAAGACAGACAGAGAGCCCAAAAAUUCAGCACCAAAUGACGUUGCUUCGCCUUUGAAUGAGACUGCACCAUAAGAAUAGAACCCACGAAAAUAACUGCUCUACAUCUACAAAACAACAGCACUUCCUGCAUUAUGGUGGCUGAAGAAUCAUUGUACUUUUUAUCAUCUUGGGGAAAAAAAUAUUCCACAGGAACAGAGCAAGGAAUUGAAACAAUCGUUGCCUGCAGUGAACUGAAAUUAGUUUCUUAGAAAGGAGCAGUUGUGUUAUGCAAUAUUACUUGCUUUCAUUAAUCAUCCUACAGUUUGACCAACAUUAAAACUGCCUGGAUCUGUUACAAAUUGGCUCCCCUCAGACAUAUGUGCUCAAUAAAAUCUGUAUGUUCAAUCAAUAUAAUUUGUCAGUGUAUACAGGGCUCUCAAGUUAUAGAGAAAGUUUUGCGUGAGAUUACAUCUGCUAGAGGAGGGGCCACACAAAGGGGAGGGGGGAACAGGAAUGGGAGGAGCCACCAAAAGGGGAGGAGCCACUCAAAUAUUUGCAGCACCCAAUUCUCAAGUUUUUGCUAGCAGUUCAAUUUUACCUAUUGCUCAUAACCAGCACAAAUAGAAAUGAUAACAACUGGUAAAAGACUGAAAAGAUUUAUGCAUUUUAAAAAUAUAAAUGUAUCAAAAAUAAAAAAAUAGCCACAAACGAGUCAACUGAACAGCAUUACAUUAUGUGUACAUAAUGUACACAAUGUAGGAUUGCAGAAAAUGCCCUGCAGAUGGAUCUCAAGCUGUGAGUGUGUAUGUGAAAGAGAGGGAGUACGCAUUUCAGCUUAUGUUUUUUUGUUGUUGUUGUUGUUGUUUGUUUUCUAUUGUGCUUGUUGCACAUUUUGAUGCCUAGUGACAGGGGGGUAGAGGGCUCCCACAUAAAACACCAUCAUGAUAGAUAAUAGCGUUCCAUCCAGAGUCAAACUCUUCCUAGUUUUGGUUUUGUUCAAACACACCAUGGGUAAAACACUUUCUGCAUCUGCAUUUGAGUGGGGAAGCCACAGCCCUUUACCGGUCAUCAAGACAUCAAAAUGUGCAACAAACACAACAGAAAGAACAUAAGCUGAAAUGUGUAUUCUCUCUCUCUCUCUCUCUCUCUCUCUCUCUCUCUCGCUCUCUCUCGCGCUCUCUCUCUCUCUCUCUCUCACUCUCUCUCACUCUCACACACACACAUAGGCUACACACAGCUUGACAUACAUGCUCAAUUGGCAUGUUUGGGGCCAAUUUUUUUUGUAUUUUUGAAAAGGGACAAGUUAUCCCUUACUUCUCAGCAUGACACAUACAAGGUGUGGCAUGAGAGCGUGUCAACAGGUAGAAAUACGUGUGUUUCACGGUGAAUGCGUGAGACUUGAGAGCCCUGUAAAAUUCAUCGAUAUAAGCCAGGACUUUGACAUUUUAAAUGAUUCAGUAAUUUCAAGUUUGGGGAGAGCACAUAAACCAAAAUAAAUCCAUAAUGUAAUGUACAUAAAUCUAUUAUCUAUCUAAAUUGAAUGUUUUAAAAAUGGUUUUGGGCUGUUUAUAAGACAAGGAUGUGGAUGGUGUUAGAUAUGAUCCUAAUUCAGCGCUGUCAUUAUAGCAAAACAGGAUGAUCUGCACCCUGACGCGAAGCUCAGUUAUUACAUGGUUGCAUGUUAGUAAAUUAAUAUAGAGGUUAAUUUUUUUUCUUUGAGUUUAAAUUAGUUUAAUUUAAAUGUAGAGAAGGUGGAGAAGCAGUGCAAUCACAUGUAGGAAACAUUGGUUUCUCCGUGUUCUGGACAUAGGCGAUUUUUCAGAAAUAAUGGCCAAUCAGAAUCAAGUAUUCCAGUGAACCAUGCAAUUACCUGAGAUUUGUGUGCUGUAAAUGUCUAUUUAUGUAGUUAAUUUCCAUAUAAUAUUUCUCUUUUAUAUAUACAUUACCUUUUUAAACUGAACUUCACUGGAUUUUUCAAAAACAUUCAAAAGCAUAACUUUUGAGCGAACAGAGUUCUCCUUUUCAAGGCCUCAGCUUCUUUGAGCAAAGUGAUGUUUUAUUAGAAUAGAUUUUUUGUUUGGACUUUAAUGUUGUCAGCAUGACCCCCCCCCCCCCCAAUCUUGGCUUACUUUAAGUGUUUUUAUAAUUAUUGAGGUUAAUUAUUUUGUUUGCUUGCUCUGAAAUAAUGGAUUUGCGGCCAUACUUUGCAAACCGUAUGUUAUUGCAAACCUAAUAUUACUAUUUUGUAUACUGCGCUUUUCAAAUCUGUUAAAGCUUAUAUUUUAAAUACAAUAAUUAUGAAAUGUUUCUGCCUUUGUUGCAAUUUAUUUAUUUUUUGGAUGUAAAUUGGCAAGGUUUUUUUUUUUUUUAUAGUCAUUUAACAUCAAAUUAGAAUUCAUUUCUCUAACGUCACGUUACUAGUCUUUCAUGAAAUGGCAGAACUGAAAAGUACCCAAUAUAUGGGUGCACUAACCUUGAGUUCACUAUCACUAAUAAACUUGGAAGAGAUUGUGUAAACAUCCUAUUUGUAGUCUUAAGACUGUACAUACAAUGUCGUUUUGUUUCCUGAGUUACAACUGAAUAUGAAUGUAUAAAAUGCUGUGGAACGUUAUCUCUGAAUGGUGUUGACUGUAUUUUGGAGUUGUGUUUCUUCAAUAGAGGAAUUGCAUUGCAACACUAACCCAACAAUUGUUGCUGAAAAGGGAUUAAGAACAUAUCUAAGUCACUCUUAUGUUCUCUUGUUAAUGUCACAGUGAAGAUGACCUGCUCUGUUUGUCCCUUUGGAGAUGGCUUUUCAAAGAUUUGCUCUUAUCCAGAAAAACAAAAAGCUAUAGAUUUUGUGGUCUGGAUUUAUUGGUCCUCUGCGUUCUAUGAAUUUGGUUUGGUUUAUUUUCCCAUUUCAGUUAUUUUCCUAUUAUAUUUUUUCUUAAAGAAUGAAUUUUCUUUUUCCAUUUAAAGAUAAAUAAAAUCAUUCUGUUAUCCGAUUAUGCAAGUUAUCCGAUCAGUCACUCCAACCGGACUGGUGUCCUUGUCGCAGUGCCACAAAUGUGCUAAAUGUUUACUGAUUUUUGCGUAAGUUUGCGAAAUCAGUCAGUACAAUAAUGUUAUAUUUACUCCGGGUGUCCGCGGGGUCUUAAAAAGUACUGAAAGUUGAUAAUAAAAAAAAAUAAAAAUUCCAACCAUUUUGUAUCAUAAUUUCAUUAUUUGUCAGAAUAAUUGGGUUCUGUGUAGUUUAUGGAAUCCCGCAAGAUUUGACGUCAUCUGUUACGGCACUCACUGACUGAAUGCGCUGCUGCAUGAUAGCCCACUUGUUGAUUUUUGUGUCCACUCCCGCAAACAUUCUAGUAUUGUAUAUUAUUUUGCAAUAUGUGGCCUAUUUAAAUCCCUUUGAGCAUGCAGCAUGAGCAGUCGCACUUGACUUUUCCUUUGAUUUCGAGAUCGCGCGCACACUAUGUAAAGGGAGCACAUAUUAUGAUAAAAGAUAUUUGUCAGUUAGCUCGGGAUCUGUUGAGUAGCAAAUCCUCCAUCUUGUCAGUUAUCUCUCCUUACUUUUGACCCGUGAUCAGUCAAAUCUGACUUUGGCAGCUCCUGUUGGAUGCAGGGUUGCGUUUUUUUUUUUUUUUUUUUUUUUUUUUUUUUUUUUCUUUUCAGGAAAUUGGGCUGCUUUUAAACUCUUGCCAUAGGUUGAUUUUUUUUUUUUUUUUUUUCCAGUGGGUUAAAGGUUUGAAAUAUGAAACAUUUUGCAUUCUACCUGUAAUAAAACUGCUAAAUGUUUUGGGCCACACUAGUAAGCACUAGGAAGCAUUUGAGCUGUGUUUAUGAUAAAUGUGCGGUGACUGUAAAAUAAGUAUUUUAGAAAUGAAAGUGACAUUUUUGUAUUUGGGACAUGGUAAUUGCGCUACUUUGGGCCGUUUAUUUAUUUAUGUUUUGUGUUUGUAGUUGUGAUCAUUAUUUUAAUAAUAGCAAAAAAUAACUAAACAGUAAACUGUUUACCCCUACUCGACAUCCAAUACCGCAACACGAAGGCCCCUGAUGGUACUCAAUUCCAAACAAUUCCAAAGUUGGCAGGUCUGCAGCUUGUUGUUUAGUAGAUAGUGUCUGUGUUGAUUCUCCAAAUACAAAUUAUCAUGGCUUAUUUUACUUUCUAGGAAAAAAAAAAAAAAAAAAACAGCUCUGCUUCUGUAAAAUUGCUGCAUGGUUUGGUCAAGAAACCUACUUCAGAACGAGGACUUUUCAUUGUGUCACCUUUCCCCUAGAAAUGAGUGGUAAACUUUGUAUGAAUGUGGAAUUUCUUUUUUUUUAAAGGCCUAGUUGUAAACUUUUCAUAAUUAUUCCCCUGCGUUCACAUUGAUCUCUGUUUAAUUGCUGCACUGUGUUCACACUGCGUCUCUUUUUAUCCAACUAUCUACUCUGUUUGCAUUAUAAUGAGUUGAAUCUGUGUCUUGUUUGCAAUGUUUUUGGCAAUCUGUAUUAUCUGCAAUGGAUGCUUUAGUAAUGAUAUAGACUUGGUGUGGCAUCUUCACUUAGAAGUGUCAUUCAGAAGCAUGCCGGUGGUAUGAAGAAAGCUUACUGAUACGUACCAGCUUCCUUCUUUGACCUGCGAUUGACCAGAGUGUGCCAUUUUUAUUUGCAGCAAUGUGAAAUCUGAAAAAUAAUGGCAUACAGUGCAAGAUUUUGCUGAUUUCUUUAUAAUUUUGAACACAUUCUUACUUGCGCUUCCAGGCAAUAACAAUUCAUUUUGUGCUACUUUGAUCAAUGUUGUCUGUGUUGACCUAGAAUGCGAUUCAGAUGUGUGCUGAAUACAUCAAGUUUGUUGCAAGAACUUGAGAGAAUUUUUAAGCUUUUAUGCUUAUGAAUUACAAAAUUACAAUUCAACGAAAAACAUAAAAUCUUAUUUUAGGUCAGUUGUCGUAGUGUGUGCAAAUGUGCAAAUUACUGUGUUAAUUCAGAAAUAUUCAGGUUUUAGUUUUCAAUCCAAAUGUAAAACGAAUUAUUUUUUUUUUUUUUUUUUUUUUUUUGCUUUUUUUUUGCUUUUAUAUUUCCAUAUUUCAAUGUGUGUAGUAUUUUGUGUGUGUAUCAUUCUGGAAUUUAAAACUCAUACAAAGCCAUGUUUCUGGAAUGAUAAUAAAUUUCCCCGUUUCAAGGCCUCAGCUUCUUUGAGCCAAAUGAGAAACUCCUGCAUUCUCUUGGACUUGCGUCUUAGUGUUAAGGGUGUGGUUUUGAUUCGCUCAUAGUUGACUAAUGUUGACAGUUUCAUUUUAUUUUGUUUAGUAUAUUCUUGUAUUAUAUCAUCACUGCUUUAUGUAAACUUUUUUUUUUAGCACUGCUUUAUAUCUAAUGUUAUUUACAAAUGUAAAUUGUAAAAGAUUGAUUUUUUUUUUCCUUUUUUUUUCUUUUUUCUUUUCUUCUUCUUCAUAAUACAAGCACCAUUUAUGCAUGUCUUUUAAAUGAUGGUUAGUUUUGAGACCUACAAUAGAUCACUUUCUCUGGGUUCACUUCCAACCCUUUAUUAGCAGAAUCUAAAAGUGCCACAAUAACUGAUCACAUUGACCCUGAGGAGCUCAGUUUGAAGGAUGGAAGUUUAUCUUUUACCAUAGCAGAGAGUGUAGACUUCCUGUUAGUGGUUUGCAAGAUGCAUACAUGUAUUUUGUGUUUUAAGACUUGUAUUUGAAUGUAUAAAAACUGCAUGAACUCUAUCCCUGAAUGGUGUUAAAUCUAUGUUGCUAUGUGUUGCGUUCUUGAAAAAGGAACUGCAGAGAAACACUAACCUAGCAACUGUUGCUUUAAUCGGGAUUAAAACAGAAUUAAGGAAGUUCUCGGGUCACCAUUGUGCUCUGUUGUGGCAAUGAAUAUGAACAUUUACAUGAACUCCUGAAAACUGCCUCUGCUCUCAGUGUCCUUUGGAUCAUAAAGAUGGCUUGUAACAGAUAUUGUAUUCUGCAAUGACUAUGUAGUUAAAUUUAGUUUAAUUUAUUUUACUAUAUUCUUUCAGUGUAUUUAGAAAAAAAAGUAAAUGCUUUUGCCAUUAUUUUUAAAUGUGUGUGUGCUAAUGUAAAUUACUAAUCAGCCAGGUCAUGUCAAAAUAUUAUGUAAUAGUCCAUUAUCGCAAUGUCUGACAACUGUUAAAUACCAAAAUGCGUAUUAAGUUUGAAUAAAGUUGCCAUUUAAGAAAUGGUGGCAAAAGCAA